CAGGUCUUUGUACCCACUGCUGAUGACGGUUCAGUGGGGCAAGCACAACUUGUCACACUUGGAUCUGAAUUCGAGAGAUCUUUGUGUGGUGUUCCACUGCUGAUUGCAACACACGUGCACCGUUCACUGGGCUGAAAAGUACAACAACAACCGACCACUGACAGACAGUAACAAUGGAAACAAAAAGUUUCGAACAACAGAAAGUCGCGAAGAAUGGAAAACAGAAUAUUAUUAGCAAAUACUCGCCCAGGCUGCACUCGAAGAGACCAGACUCGAUGCGGGUCGAACUUUUACCUCAGCCGGAAAAUUCGACAACAAAUAACGCGGAAAAGUGUAGUGACUUUGGUGCGCGUGUUCCGGGAGUUGACAUCGAAUUCACCAAUCUUAAUUAUGCUGUAAAGGAAGGAAUCAUCAAAAGAAGAGAACGAAAAAUUCUAGACAAUGUCAGCGGUAAAUUCUCAGGAGGACAAUUGACAGUCAUUAUGGGCCCAUCGGGCUGCGGAAAGUCAACUUUGAUGAAUAUUUUGGCAGGUUAUAGAGUAAAAGGAUGCAGUGGAGAUAUACUAAUAAAUGGAAAAAUAAGAAAUAUAGACAUAUUUAAAGAACAAUCUUCGUAUAUAAUGCAAGAUGACAAUUUACAACCCUUAUUAACAGUGGGAGAAGCCAUGAGCAUCGCUGCUCACUUAAAAUUGGGGAAGGCGUUUAGUCAUAGGGAUAAAAAGCUCAGGGUGAAAGAACUUUUAGAAUUCUUGGAUUUGUGGGACAGUCGAAGGGUCAGGACUAAAAAUUUGUCAGGAGGACAAAAGAAGAGGUUAGCGAUAGCAUUGGAACUCGUCAAAAAUCCGCAAGUGGUGCUUUUAGAUGAACCCACCAGUGGUUUGGAUAGCGUGACGUCUAAAAAUUGCGUAGAACUGUUGAAAGGUCUGUCAGGUCGUGGCAAAACUGUGAUUUGUAUAAUACAUCAACCGUCGGCGUCCAUUUUCGAAAUGUUUGAUCACUUGUAUGUUAUGGCCAAAGGCAUGUGCAUGUAUCAGGGAUCCGUCAGUUAUGUAUUGCAAUUUUUAGAAGAACAUAAUCUCAGAUGCCCUCCGUACCAUAAUCCUGCUGACUAUCUAAUAGAAAUAGCUUCUGGUGAACACGAUGCCAAUGCUGUCGAAAGAUUGGUCAAAGGCUGUAGUAAUGGACGGUUUAGUUUGGAAUAUUUAGAGAAUCACAUAUCUAAAGAGGACUUCAUCAUUUCCAAUAACAACUCCACCGCGAUAAACGACAACUCAAUACCGUCAUUAAUGAGACUGCCAUCGUUCGUAAAAGCUACAACGACCAAAGAAGUGAUAGUAGAAAAGACGAAAUCAUGCUUUCGAAGUCGAUAUCCUACGUCGUUUCCGGAUCAGUUGCUUGUUUUACUCAAGAGGACUUUCAAAAUUGUUAGUCGAGAUCCCACGUUGAUGUACAAUCGUCUUCUAACUCACAUCUUCAUAGCCCUUCUUCUUGGAACUUUGUAUUAUGGUAUUGGAAGGGAUGCCAAAGAUAUACGUAAUAAUUCCAAUUUCUUGUUCUUCACAGUCAUGUUCCUUAUGUUGACUGCCUUCAACUGCGUCACCACAACAUUUCCAACAGAGUUGCCCAUAAUUAAACAGGAAUGUUUUAACGGAUGGUAUGCCGUCAAAAGUUAUUUUUUAGCGGUUACUUUGGCCGACAUUCCCAUACAGAUUUUAGCGACGCAUUUAUACGCGGGAAUCACCUACUUCAUGACCGCUCAACCGUUUGAUUUAUUUCGAAUAACAUAUUUCGUAACCAUGUGCACCCUGAUUUCGUUGGUUUCCCAAAGCUUUGGAUUGAUAAUUGGGGCCAGCAUGGGUGUUAAGAAUGGUGUCAUUUUUGGUCCAUUUUGUUUUCUUCCGUUUACAAUUUUUUCUGGAUUCUUCGUACAACUGAACAGUGCACCGUUUUUUCUACGAUGGAUUUUUCACAUUUCGUUUUUAAAAUACGGUUUCGAAGGAUUGAUGCUAUCGAUUUUCGGUUACGAUCGCGGUAAAAUUCCGUGUUCUUCAGACUACUGCCAUUUUGUCUACCCCAAAAUGUAUUUGGACGCGUUAGACAUGGAAGACGCCGUUUAUAAGAAUUGUGUUCUUUUUAUGAUAUUUCUAAUCGUUCUAAUGAGGUUUAUCAGUUAUUAUUUACUUUAUUUAAGACUGAAAUAACGUUAGAUAAUGGUACAAGUACCUACAGGAGGCUUGUACCUGCUAGUAGUAUAAAGUCAAAGUAACCAGUACAGUACUCUGUGAGGGAGGGUGAGGUGUAGAUAAUUGACAUACAUGUUGCAAUUACUGUAAUUACAAAGUGGGCAUGUACGUGGUAAUAUCAUUUCAUAAACACGAUUAGUAAUAGUAAUAAAUAAUCGGAAUUCGUCUGUGUCAUAUAGGUACAUUAUACAUAAGUAGAAAGUGUUUCUUAACGUUUUUCUAAAAUUCAAACAGCAAAUGAGUGUUCUUUGUUUUUCAUUGUUUCAAAAUUAAAACAAUCAACAAAUGAAAGUGCUUUUUCACUGGUGUGGGUAAAGUUGAAAUAGUGAACAAAUGAGAGUGCUCUUUACCCUUUAUUGCUGGAAAAUUAAAACAAACAACAGAUGAAGGAGCUCUUUCAUUGCUGUAGGGAAAAUUCAAAUAAUUAACAAAUGAGAGUGCUUUUUGCCCUUUAUUUCAUUGUUGUAAAAUUAAAACAAUCAACAAAUGAUAGUAUGUUGUAAAGAAUGUAUGAUCCUAAUUCCUCGUCAAAAGUCAAAAACAUAAUCAUUAUUUUGUUGUCGUUUUAGACAAAUUAUUAUUUAGUCAUUAAAUUUUAGUCAGUUUUGUAAUGUAGAUAAUAUGUUAAUUUAUAUAACCAAAGAUGUAUUACGACAAAAGUAUAUAUUAUUUUCCGAGAAACAUACCUAUCUAAAAUAAGUUUAUUGUUAAUACAAUGUUAAUUAAAUGCGUUAUUUUAAGUAGCCAAUUUUUGUAAACUUUUUUAA